AGUAAACAAAAUUUUUCACUUCACGACCGGACACACACACAGCAAUAUGUUUUGUCAGAGAUCACCGUUUCAUAAACAUCCAGAAGUGGAAGAUCAUUUAAAGAAACAGGUAGACGCAACACAGGUCCAACAUCUGUUGGAGUGGCUAUGUACCACUCCCAAAACAACUUGCAUCCGUGUAAAUCUACUCCGAAGUUCAACAGACGACAUAAAGAGUCUUUUGCUGGAGUCAUUUAAGAAACACCAUCCUUCUAGCAAAUGUCCCAACAUUUCUGCCAUAAAAGAUAUUCCGGAAGUGAUUCUGAUUGAUAAUCUGAAGGAGUGCAACGAUUUGGUAGCCAUACCUGAUGGAAAGGAAGUCGUUGUAGAUGUUAGCUGUUCUGCGUCAAUUUUGAGAGGAGCUCAUCUCUAUGCACCAGGUGUUCUUUCUAUGGAAACGAAUACUGGUCUAAAUGAGAACGUAAAUAUUUUUGCUGACAUUGAUGGAAUAUGCAAACGAGGUGCAACAACGUUUGAGUCUCCAAAUAAACGUAUUAUUGCCACUGGUACCGUACUUAUGCAACGCCAUCAAUUAUUUCGCAAUAACAUGACUCCAAGCGGCAUCGCUAUCGAAAUUAAAUCGACGCUCUCGCAAGUUCCGUCCAUUGGAGAUUCAUAUCUUCCUGCUGGAAGAGCAAUGUUACAGAAUUUACCUUCCGUAAUUUGUGCACAUGUGCUAAAUCCAAAGCCGGGCGAAACGUUGUUGGAUAUGUGCGCUGCACCCGGGAAUAAAACGUCUCAUUUAGCCGAAUUAAUGAAAGACAAAGGCCUGAUCAUCGCAAUCGAUAAGACGCCGAACAAGCUGAAGAUCCUUGAGGACAAGAUGAAGUCAUACCAAUUCAAUUCAGUGAAAUGUUUUGCGUAUGACUCGACAAAAUUACUGUCGGACGACGAUUGUGGAUAUGAUAUCGUAGAACCACCGUUUCCAAGUAAUUGUUUCGAUAAAAUACUCCUGGAUGCUCCAUGUAGUGCAUUGGGUAACCGGCCCGUACUUAGAAAUGACAUUUCGCCAAAGAUGCUCAGAUCGUAUCCGGUCGUGCAAAAGAAGCUGUUCAAAACGGCAGUCGAGUUGCUGAAAAGGAAUGGCAUUCUGGUCUACAGCACAUGCACGGUGACGAGUGCAGAAAAUGAAGAGAUUGUUGAGUGGGCUCUCAACAAAUUUGAUAAUAUCGAACUCAUUUCCGCUGAUCCACUGUUGGGUGGUCCCGGUUGGUCGGAUGUUGGAUUGAGUGAUGAACAAAGAAUUUUGGUUCAACGUUUUGGGCCAGAUCGAGAUCGCCUGCGCUUGUGUGACGACAUUUACUGCGACACUGUGGGCUUUUUUAUUGCGAAAUUUAGGAAAAGGUAAAAAAAAUUGUUGAAAACGUUU